GCUGACGUGUGUUUACGUUUAUACGUCACGUUGGUCUUAGUUACGAAGACGGCGGAAGACUAUUGUUAUGAGUUAGACAGUCCGGUUUAUCUUAAAAGGUGUGAGCUUGAUAUAACUUGACGCCGAAAAAAUGAAACUACAGUUAAUAAUUGUUUUCUUUUCUGCGGCGUGCGUUUAUGGACGUGGCACACAGCAAGUAACUUGUGGUUCAGUUGUCAAGCUUUUUAAUUCUUACUAUAAGGUGAGGCUACAUUCUCAUGAUGUCAAGUACGGAUCUGGAUCAGGCCAGCAAUCUGUCACAGGUACUCCACAGCAAGAAGAUCAUAAUUCAAAUUGGCUGAUCAAAGGAACAGCAAAACUGCAUUGCAAAAGAGGAGAACCCAUUGCUUGCGGCCAGACCAUACGAAUGGAACAUUUACCAACUAAGAAGAAUCUACAUUCCCACCACUUUUCGUCACCUCUCUCAGACCUGCAGGAGAUAUCAGCCUUUGGAGAGGAAGGUGAAGGUGACACUGGAGACGAGUGGGUCGUCAUUUGUGAUGGGGAAGCGUGGGGUCGUCAGCAAACUGUAAUGCUCAGGCAUUCUGAUACUGAUGUAUACCUAGGAGUGACUGGUCAGCAAUAUGGACGCCCAAUCCAUGGACAGAAUGAAGUUGUCGGAUUGUCACGACCAGGUGUGCAGGCCAAGUGGCAGACAAUGGAAGGUGUUUUUAUCAAUCCAUCAUCGUUUUCAGAAGACAGCAGAGUAUUUCAUGAUCCCACGGAGCUAUGAGACACUUUAUAGUUGCACAAGCAGGAAAAACUGCAAUAAUAUAUUUAUUAAUAAUUCAAAAGCAGAAUUAUUGUAUGUGAAUAGUCAUUACACAGUUGAUAAUAACUGGUGUCAGCUCGUAAAUACCUACGUUACUCAUUUUUAUAUUCUAAAGUUGUAAAUUUUCUUAUUUAAAAUAUCAAUUUAUCAGUAUUUUCAAGGGAUGAAGACUUCUGUGUUGUGUGUAUUUAUUAGAUAUCCAGUAAAAGUAAUACAAAGUAGCAAUAAACACUUUUAUAGUUACCAGAAAAUAUCUGUAGGACAACCAAAAUGAUGAUUAUAUAAAAGGAUAAAAUAGUAAUAUGAAUAAAAAUUAAUUUGGGAUCCACUCCUAUUAAACAGUUUUGUCAGGUAU